UGUCUAUUGUAUCGAAGGUAUUAGUCCAACCAAGAAGUCUUCCUUUCUUCAUCGUAGGCCUAUAUUAAUAACAAGCUCAGAAUAACUUCACCGAGAAUUCGCAUAAGUCCACUAAAAAAACCCGUUAUCACUGGAAGCUAAGUUCCUUUUCAAGCGGAUUAUAAUCAAUUCGUUUAAAAAGCUGCACCGGAACAACUCUCGGACACAUUUCUUUUGGGGCUGUCUGCUCUAAAUGUACUGUAGUCUUUAGAGUUUUGAAGACGUUUCGAAAUCAUGAAGGUUCUUGUACUUCUUGCACUCGUUGCCGGCUGUGUGGCUGUCCGUUACGAUGGAUACCAGACGCUGCGCGUACAGCCACGUGACUCCAUUGAAAUCGAAUGGCUGAAUGCGAUGAAAGAGAGACUGGUCGAUAAGGUAGAUUUCUGGCAGAACACGGGCCGUCUGGACCGCCCCGUGGACAUCAUGGUCCCGCCCACCGUCCUGUCCUAUCUCAAGGAAACCUUGACGAGGCGUGGUCUUUCCUAUGACGUCAUGAUCGAUGACGUCCAGGCUCUGGCUGAUUUGCAGAUGAAGCUUGACGUCAGUAUUAGUGCCAUGGCAUUCAACUACAACGUCUAUCACACUUACGACGAGAUCCAACAAUGGGUGUUUGACUUCGCAGCGGAGCACAGCAGCCUUGUGGAGCAAUUCCAGAUUGCAACCUCUUUUGAAGGUCGCGACAUCAAUGCCAUCAAGAUGGGGUCUGCUGGAUUUAACAAGCCCGCCAUCUAUUGGCAAGGAGGCAUCCACGCUCGGGAAUGGAUCUCACCAGCCACUGUCAUGUACAUCGCCAAACUGCUGGCGGAAGGAUAUGGAAACGACGACACGGUGACGAGGAUGCUGGAUACUUUCGACAUCUACAUUGUGCCCUCGCUGAAUGUCGAUGGCUACGCGUACACAUGGACCGAUGAUCGUUUGUGGCGUAAGACCCGUUCCACGUUUGGCCUACAAGUCUGCGUCGGUACCGACCCCAACAGAAACUACGACCACGAGUGGGCAGGUCAGGGAGCCAGCUCCGGUAAGUGCCAGGACACCUACCACGGACCCUACGCCCACUCAGAGCCAGAGAUCGCCGGUACCACCUCCUUCCUCCUGGAUCAAGCCAAGAGACAGAAGUUUGUCAGUUUCAUCGAUUUCCACGCGUAUUCGCAGCUCUUCCUCUCCCCGUGGUCCUACUCACAGUUUGCUCCUUUGCCAGUCGAGAGCGCAGACCAUGACGCAGCUUCAGUCAAAACUGUUACCGCCUUGAAGUCUGUGUACGGUACCACGUAUACCUACGGCCCGUCCGCACGCACGCUAUAUGCCGCGUCCGGCUGUAGCGAGGACUGGGGUUUCGCCGUGUUGGGAGCCAAGUACUCCUACGUGAUGGAGCUCCGAGAUACCGGACGGUACGGCUUCCUGCUACCGGCGUCUCAGAUCGAAGAGUCCGGACUGGAGACCUUCGAAGCCAUGAAGGCCUUCGGUGAACAUCUUCUGACCGAGUUCGCAUAAAGCUGUCUUGGCAGAAGGACCUGGAGAAAUAUUCGUAGAUCUGAUAAGAACAGAAUUAUGCCUAGCACAGAAAAUAAUUCGCUUAGCAGAAACAGCUUUACCAGCCAAAAUGUCGUGCAAUAGACAUUACUUGAGAGUGGUUCUUGACUUUUAGUUUUACAUAUAGCACAGGUAUAUUACUGUUCAGCAGCUUGGUGAAAUUGAGCCCUAGGCCAAAUUUCGUAGAUCUUUUAAGCAAAAAAUAAUAUGCUCAGCACAUUUUUGUGUACUUUGAAGAAUAAAAACACUGGGAAAACUACAUAAUCAAUGGCUGGUUAUCUGUUGACAAAUCCUUUGUUUGCCUGCUAUGAAAUUGGCCUUUAGGUGAGAUAAUUGUAUACACAGUGAUCAAAGACGAUAAUAUUAAGUGAAUACGUUAGACCAACAAUAAACAAUCUUGAGUCCUCAAACUUUAGUCAAAUCGAGGCCAGGUUGAAGAAGCCAACUUGCCUUUGUCGCUGAAAACCAUAGAGCACGGAACACUAUCCUAGAUCAUUAAGACUACUUUGGGUGUAAAAGUUUCGGCAGUUAUUAGUGAAACCAUAGAGCUAGCUCCAUGGUGAAACUCAGGUUGUGGACACAAGUACUUAAUACAGUACAAAAGCUUUUCUGAUCAUUUCAGCAUUUCGUUGUUAAUUGUGAUAUGUUUAGAUUUAUUGGAGAAGUUGUGGAGUACCAAUUUCCAAACACGUACUGCAUCCUAUACUCAUAAUGCUUUGACGAUAUAUUUAUGGUGGAUAAGAAUUAAACAAAUUGACCUUUCGUGUAUUUCCACGGACUUAUCACGAUGGCGAUGUUACAUAUAGGGUGCCAUGAUUGUGUCUCUGGGGUUGGUAUAUACACAAUGUCCCACAUAUCAGACAAAGAGUGUUAGGUUAUAAUUACCAUGCCAAUAAAACAAAAUGAAUUAAAUGAA